CAGGUGACUGCUUAUCUGCAUCCAUCUGCAGCACCUACACAACAGUACGCUUCAUCGUCAUUAAACAACGAUCAGAUGUCGUCUCUGGAAAGCGCUCCCUCUGGAGAAUAUUCACAACGUUACCCAGGGUAUACGGGCAGUCGUCAAGACCGUGUCAAUAUAGCCGAAUAUCCCAGAGAUAGUCGAGAAACGUCUCAACAAUCCUCAAAGAAACAAAGUGCAUCAAAUCAGCGUUCACGAUUCGACAACUUCGCACAGUCGUUGAAUGGAGGACGUUCAACCGUUAAUAAACAAGUACCGAACAGUCGACAGGGUACUUGGAGACCAUCGUCUGAGUUUGUUGAUCGAAGUCGUCAACAGCAAGCACAACAUCCAGAAAGAAGUGAGAGCAGUAGUGAUGACAUUAGAAGAGCAUAUUCACCGUACAGUAGCAGUGAUAAUAAUAAUAAUAGAGCAGUAAUGAGCACUUCUCAACAGAGGACUGAGUUGAAUAUAAAUGGCAAUCGAAAAGAAGAGCAGGAAUCUGAAAGAAGAAAGCAGCAACGAAUUGACGAUGAGGAACGGAAACGUGAACAACAAGAGCGAGAGGAACGACAGCGUUUAGAGUAUGAACGUCGUCAACGGGAAUAUGAGCGUCGAAAGGAGCAGUUGGAUGAGUAUCGACGACGUCUCACCGAACAACAGUUGCAUCAGAAACAGUCCCAUCCACAGCAACAGCAACAUCACCAUCAACAGGAACAAGCACCGCAUCAAAAAACUCUCGAUGUCAGUCAAAGAGACAACGUGAACGACAAUAAAUGGGCUAGUGAACAAAGGACACCACCGGUCUACGGCUCAGACGAAGAUGAAGAGUAUGUAGACUACAGUACCACAGACUUGGGCUUGCCAACUAAACCUGCUCCUUUCAGGGCGCAAAUUCCCCCAACACCGGCAGCAACUGUUUGGCCGACACCAUUUACUUUUGCUGAUAGCAUUCCGUGUGCUGCAUUCACAGACGAUGUUUGUUAUCAACAGGCAAAAUAUCUUUGUUGUGCGAAUCAGAACAACUCUCACUUUAGCAGUGGUGAUGGAUUCAGUAGAUGCUGCUAUGAAAACUUUGUUCAUCAUGGGGAUACGUGUUGUCCGUUACCGAUAGCCAAGUAUCAUUGGUCUUCAACGUCGGAAUUGUGUUUACCAAACGUUCGUGUCGAUCUGAGUGAGUUGCGUGUAGUGGCUGAAUUGGGUGAUUCAAAAAUAGUGAGCAUUGAUUUUGGUGAAGAUCGUUCGUGGGAUUAUGAUUGUGACUUCUCCUCGCACACAUCUCAGUUUGUUUACGUACCAGGCGACGAUUCGGCUGAUAGUACUGCUGAUAGGUAG